UAUGGCGGGAAAAUGGGGCUUUAAUUUGACAGAAAAAUAACAUUUUGGAAUGGUUCGAUGUUCGUUCAAUAUUUUCUAAAAAGCAAGACAGAGAAGCAAGAUUGUUAGCACGAUGAAGCGGAAAAGAGUUGAGGUUAAUGAUGGCUUAUCUGAUUACGAGAGAAAGAGACUUGAAAACAUCAAACGGAAUCAUGAAAUGUUGAAUCUCUUGGACAUUGAUAUGGCUGCAAGUUUCCUGAAGAAGAAAUCAACGUCCACUCCAAAGUCAAAGAUGAAAAUGAAAGUUGAACCCACAAGACGGUCGCUUAGAAAUAUUGAAAAGACAACUGGAAAGACCCAAUUGCCAUUUACGUUUAGUCCUCCUCCUGUAAUUACAACUACAAAUACGCAGCAUUUUGCAAAUGGCCCAGUGGAUGCCGUACCAAAGAAUGAUAUCGAGGAGGCUGAAAGUCAGGCUUUCUUAAGCGCCUUGGACAAUCUGAAUAAAGAAACCAAGGUGACCUGCAGUAUUCUCUCAGAGGAAACUUCAUGUUUUAAAAGUUACAAAGAAAGAAUUUCAAAACUUCAAGUUCAUCCAGAAAAUGUGCACAAAGUUGUUCCAAAUAGAAUUACUACUAUGGCCAUUCAUCCAAGCUGUGAGAAAACCGUUGUCUGUGCUGGUGACAAAUGGGGAAAUGUCGGCUUCUGGGAUGUGGAAGCGACAAACACUGAAAAUAAUGGGAUAUACGUAUAUCGUCCCCACAUUGGCUGUGUAAGAACAAUGUUCUUUCAUCCAGAGCGAAAUAAUGAACUGAUGUCUUGCAGUGAUGAUGGAACAGUAAGACGCACAGAUCUCAACUCCUGUGUUUUUGAUGAUCUGUAUGCGUCUGAAGACAAUUGCAUUUCCAGUCUCUCCUAUCCCUGCAACACCCGCAACACAUUUCUGUUGGGAUUUGGUAACGGUGAAGUGGGAGUCCUUGACACCAGGGAAUCCUCCGAUUGCAAGAAACACUGGUGUCAUAUGAGACCUAUAAAGUGCCUUCACUGCAGCCCAGAUAACGGAUAUCUCUUCUGCACUUCGUCUUCAGAUGCGACUGUUGUACUUUGGGAUUUACGAAAAAUAAAGGGGAAGAAGUCAAAAGUGGAUGAAUAUGAUGGACACAGACGUUCUAUAAAUUCCGCAUAUUUCUCUCCUGUCGACGGGAAAUAUAUCUUGACCACAUCCUGGGAUGACUCAAUCAAAAUCUUAGAAGUAACACCUUCAACAAACUUAGAAGAGAAACAAAAGUUCAAACAUUAUAAUAACACUGGUCGUUGGUUGUCCACUUUCAAAGCAACAUGGGACCCACAAAAUGGUCGUGGAUUUCUGGUUGGAAGUAUGCUGGACCCGCGCAGGAUACAAUUUUAUCAUGCUGAGCAGAAGACCACACCUCUCCUAGAAAAGUUUAGUGAAAAUUUUACAACCAUUUCCUCAACGAACGUAUUUCAUCCGACUAAAAACAUUAUUGCAUCAGGAAAUUCAAGUGGAAAAGUCUUUUUAUGGUCGGAAUAAACGGUUCAAAAUAAUGCGUAAAUCAGUAUUUUUUAGAUUUCGUUGUUGUACAUAGACCGAACUUUUUUCUAUCAUGCAGUGUCUAUAACUGUUCAAUAAAGUUAAGUUUUGUUACUUGUUUUUUGUUGUCCUUUAGUUAUCGUUU